GAGAGAGAGAUAUAGGGAGAGUUGGCUGGGUGUCAAAGGUCAUUUUUAAUCUUAUUUGGCUCCAAAUCACAGAACAUCUGCUCUCCUCUGCCCCCUGGUGGCUGUAAACGGCAAAGGUGGAGAGGGAAGCUUUGAUAGAUUUUGCAUUCGUAUGAUUAUAGAGGAGCACAACAAAGCCACCAACGCCAGUGGCCUUGAAGCUCGGUGGCCAUGUUGUGACUUUUUUUCUGGGGGGAGGGGGCAGUUUGUCAACGAAGUGGACCGUCGGGGGUUUGAGGAUUUCAAGCCGCAAAGCAGGAAUGGAAGUCUUGAGGCUGUUUUCGGUGUGUUGACUUCAAUCCGGUUUUCACUGCGUGCUGCUUUAAGAGUUUCUCACUCAGUGGGCGGCCCGAAGCGAGCGCGCAGACCAAUGAAAGCUCCGCUCUGUUUAAAUAGUCCUUCAUGUCAACUUGCCUUCUUCACUCUCUGCUCUCGCUAACGCCAUGUUGGCUCCGACGACCUGACUUCUGCGGAUGUUUGUGUGCGUGUGUGCGCGCGUGUGUUUGUGUGCGUGCGUUUGCAGAACGUGACAGUCGUGCUUUUUAAAACCCCUGCCGUGUCGUUUUUGUGGAUUGUUUUCUCCCCCCCCCUCUUUUAAUUUUUUUUUUUUUUUUUUUUUUGCGUGGCGCACUGGAGUACGCGCUUUGCAUUCUCGCUCUGACUUCGCAAGGAAUAUUACAAGCCAAGGGAUUUGACGUUGUUGUUGUCGUUGUCGUCAUAUGUGCAACAAAAUGUCAGACGUGCGCCUUUCCAACGCCAGUCCGCCGCUGGAGAGGGUCGACGCGCGGCAGCAGGACCGCGUCCGACCCCCGGUGUGCAGGAACCUCUUCGGCACACCUGACCCGGACGAGAUCCGGGCCCGUUUGGCGGCCACACUGAAGGAUGACGUGCGCUCGUUCGUGGACCGCUACAACUUCGACCCGGUCCAAGAUAGACCGCUCCCGCGCGGGGACGUAGAAUGGACGGAGGCGCGGGAGGCGCCGGAGUUCUACUCCAGGCCGCCGCACAGGAGGCGGCGGCCGCCGAUGGAAGAUUCCGGGGAGUCGCCUCGGAGCCAAAACAGAGACUCUUCGAUGAAAAGACCGUCGGAUGCUGCAGGUCUGUCUAGCGAGUGCCCGACGAAGCGGUCGCAUUCCAGGGGGGACGACGACGACGAGCCGCCCCCGGACGCUGGAGGUCCGGCGGCGGAGGUCCAGUGAGAGACGCUGGCACCAGACAGCAUCAUCAAGAAGAACCCUCAGCAGACCCCAUAGGAAGGCAAUAGAGGCUGCACAAGCACUGAAAUAUGUACACUAUCAAGUUUUGGCACUCUUAUUAAUAUUAUUUUGUAUUGUUAAAUCGCCUCAGAAGCAGCAGACAAUGUAGCAAGAAGUGUGCAAAUUGAUUAUCCCUCCUGACCCUCCCUCCAUUUUGUUUUCUUACUACCUAUGUUUGUUUUUUUUUUAAAUUUUAUGUAUGUAGCACAUAAAAAGCAUUCUGCUUUUCAUGCCUGUGUUUUCAAAUAUGCGUGAAUUUUGACACGGGCGGAGUUGCAGUGCAAUUUCCACCCUGCAAAGAUGUUUUUCGUUCAAGUGGUCAUUAAUAUGUCGUUCUUAUUCAGGUAUUCCACUUUUUUGGGGGGGAGGGGUAACUGCAGAUUUCAAUGAAUCAGGGUUGGAUGGAAACUUAUGUCUUCUGUUUUUUUUUUAUUAUGGCUUUAUGUGUCCCAGUGUUUUAGCUUGGUAGGCCGGCAUGGUUCCAUCGUUACUGGGAAUAGCCACAAAAAAUAACGUUUACAUGGUCUCCUGAUGUGCCCGCUUUUAUUUAACGAUUAAAAAAAAAAAAUGGGGUUUGCCAAAGUGUGUGCCUUUUUUGGGCUGAGCAAUAUUUGACCAAAUUUCACAGUAUUUGCCGCUAAUCCUAAGAAUUCAAACAACAAUUUGACCGGCUUAUACUGCAGCGGUUUUGCUAAACUGUGGUGUCCAGAUAAAAAAAAUGUGUUUGGGGAAAAAAAAAAUCACUGGGCUACUUAUGCAAAUAUGUGAAAUUCAUGUGGAACAUGUAAUUGCACUAUUGUUAAUUCAAUUUUUUUGUGUGGUAGGCAGAAAAACAAAAGUUGCACUGCCUCGGCAAAAGUGUAACCUCUGAAGUGUACCUGUGUGCCUUUUUGUUUGGAAAAACACUGAAAAAUUAUACUAACUUAUUUAUGUUUGUGUGUGUAUAUGUGCGCGUGGUGGGGUGUUUGUAUGGCUUUUCCAAAGCAACGUUUUUGUAAAUAUGUUUUAAUCAUUGUUUGUAAAAGACGAAUAAACCGUUGCAAACCUGUG